AUGGGUGUCGAAAUUACCCGACUUUCACCUGGUGAUGGCAAGAACUUCCCUAAAGCUGGAGACACAGUAGUGAUCCACUAUGUCGGCACUCUUCUGGACGGGAGUAAGUUCGACAGCUCGCGCGAUCGUGGUGACCCCUUUGAGACUGUGAUCGGGAAGGGAAGGGUCAUCAAGGGUUGGGACGAAGGCGUUCCUCAACUCUCCCUGGGUGAAAAAGCCAUCUUAACCUGCUCACCUGAUUACGCAUAUGGAGCGCGAGGAUACCCACCGGUUAUUCCUGGCAAUGCGACCCUCAAAUUCGAGGUAGAGCUCAUCAAGAUCAAGUGA